GAUACGUUACCUGGCCAAGAUCAAGCCCAGCAUCUCAUUAACUUUCCAUUUCCAAACAGAACUUAGGCUCAUUGUGUCCUUUUAGCUCGAACAGUCAAGGUGGUCCUCUGCAGUUUGCUUUAUUCACAGACAAAGACAAGGAGACAUGGCUGUUGCAAACUUCCACUACAUAACUCGGAUGAGCAGUGGUUUCAAAGUCUACAUCUUGGAAGGUAAUAUUUCUUAUUUAUUUUCUUAUAGGCCUAUUGUUUCACAAAAUAGAAUUGUGCCGUUGUGAUCCCUGCUACUUUAAAUAGUAGUAUUUAUUGCUGCAACAUGCAUUGUUAUCAUGUAUGAUGACACAGUUAUUAGAUCGUUAUUACUUAGUAAUUAGCUUAGCUAGUUCAAAUAAUGUUAUUAGAAAUGCAAAUGUUUAGGAUCAUUAUAAAAUAACUUUUACUAAGUCCGAGUAAAUGUCAAUGAGUAUAUUUGAGGUAAUUGUUUGAAUUAUAUAAAAACAAAAUGUAAUCCACUCUAAAGCAAUUUUAACAAUAUCAUUUAAGAAACCAAUACAUAUUUUUACUUUUAAAUGUUUAAGAUAACUUUGACGAAUGUGAUAAUACCUCACUAUAUCCACUUAAGGCUAUAACAACAUUUAAGAAUAGUCAGCAACUAUAAAUGAGUCCCUCCAUUGGUAAAAUAUCAACUUGCUUCUAAAUGUCUGGCUCUCAAGCAUUAUUUCAGAGAGGUUUAUGUCAGAUGAUGGGAAUAACUGUGGCAGAUGGAGAGGAUCUGAAGAUACUGCCCUCUUGUUUCCUCUACUGAUAGGGAACAAAUAACCAUGCCUCGGGCAUCAGAACGUCAGUCAGGCAAGGUGUGGUUUUUUCCCAGUCACCCUCCACAGGCCUCCACUGUGGCACUAUGCUGUCUGAGGGACAGAAUGGGAGGUCAUAGGUGAGAGGUUGGGGUUGAGGGACAUGACUGUUUGAGAUGUGGAUUGGAAUGACGAUUGUGGAUAGGGGGAGUAUUUGAGAUUAGGGGGACCAUUCAUGUAAUAACAUGACCUAAUCAUUCAGCAUUGCAUCUCAAUGGGGUAGUAGAGCAUUGCAUGCUAAUGUGGUGCAUGUCUUUUGGUAUAUUGACAAUGCCAAUUUGAAUAUAGUUCAAGCUUGAAAGAAACAACAUAAUGUGAGGUGUGAAGAAGGCUGGUGUUAGCUUUACAAAAAACAAAUGCCAGUGUACUGUAUUGGUAAACUUCACAUUCUGCCACCUCUGGUCUCUUGGCCCUCCCACCCCUACGGGAGGGCAGCUCCUGCUCAGCCCAGUCCAAGCUCUUCUCUGUCCUGGCAACCCAAUGGUGGAACCAGCUUCCCUCUGAAGCUAGGACAGCCCAUCUUCCGAAAACAUCUUGACCCUUCCUCUUCAAAGAGUCUCUUAAAUAAUCCCACAGCACUUCCCCUUGCACCCCCUCCUCACCUCCUCCCCAGUUCCCCCCCCCCCCCCCCCUUAUUACAUCUGACAGCUACAUUAUUAAGGAAAAAUGUACUUACUAGGAGUGUGAUAUGUGGUUGUCCCACCUAGCUAUCUUAAGAUGAAUACGCUAACUGUAAGUCGCUCUGGAUAAGAGAGUCUGCUACAGUGGCUUGCAAAAGUAUUCACCCCCCUUGGCAUUUUUCCUAUUUUGUUGCCUUACAACCUGGAAUUAAAAUUGAUUUUUUGGGGGUUUGUAUCAUUUGAUUUACACAACAUGCCUACCACUUUGAAGACGCAAAAUAUUUUUUAUUGUGAAACAAGCAAGAAAUAAGACAAAAAAACAGCAUAACUAUUCACCCCCCCCCCCCAAAGUCAAUACUUUGUAGAGCCACCUAUUGCAGCAAUUACAGCUGCAAGUCUCUAUAAGCUUGGCACAUCUAGCCACUGGGAUUUUUGGCCAUUCUUCAAGGCAAAACUGCUCCAGCUCCUUCAAGUUGGAUGGGUUCCGCUGGUGUACAGCAAUCUUUAAGUCAUACCACAAAUUCAAUUGGAGUGAGGUCUGGGCUUUGACUAGGCCACUCCAAGACAUUUAAAUGUUUCCCCUUAAACCACUCAAGUGUUGCUUUAGCAGUAUGCUUAGGGUCAUUGUCCUGCUGGAAGGGGAACCUCCGUCCCAGUCUCAAAUCUCUGGAAGACUGAAACAGGUUUCCCUCAAGAAUUUCCCUGUAUUUAGCGCCAUCCAUCAUGCCUUCAAUUCUGACCAGUUUCCCAGUCCCUUCCGAUGAAAAACAACCCCACAGCAUGAUGCUGCCACCACCAUGCUUCACUGUGGGGAUGGUGUUCUCGGGGUGAUGACAUAGCGUUUUCCUUGAUGGCCAAAAAGCUCAAUUUUAGUCUCAUCUGACCAGAGUACCUUCUUCCAUAUGUUUGGAGAGUCUUCCACAUGCCCUUUGGCGAACACCAAACAUGUUUGCUUAUUUUUGUCUUUAAGCAAUGGCUUUUUUCUGGCCACUCUUCCAUAAAGCCAAGCUCUGUGGAGUGUAUGGCUUAAAGUGGUCCUAUGGACAGAUACUGAUUAAUGCCCUCCUUGCCUGGUCCAUGAGUGUUGGUGGGGGGCCCUCUCUUGGCAGGUUUGUUGUGGUGUCAUAUUCUUUCCAUUUUUUAACAAUGGAUUUAAUGGUGCUCCGUGGGAUGUUCAAAGUUUCUGAUCAUUUUUUAUAACCCAACCCUGAUCUGUACUUCUCCACAACUUUGUCCCUGACCUGUUUGGAGAGCUCCUUGGUCUUCAUGGUGCCGCUUGCUUGGUGGUGCCCCUUGCUUAGUGGUUUUUUAGACUCUUGGGGCCUUUCAGAACAGGUGUAUAUAUACUGAGAUCAUGUGACAGAUCAUGUGACACUUAGAUUGCACACAGAUGGACUUUAUUUAACUAAUUAUGUGACUUCUGAAGGUAAUAGAUUGCACCAGAUCUUAUUUAGGGGCUUCAUAGCAAAGGGGGUGAAUACAUAUGCAUGCACCACUUUUCCUUUAUUUAUUUAUUUGAAUUUUUUGAAACAAGUAAUUUUUUUCAUUUCACUUCACCAAUUUGGACUAUUUUGUGUAUGUCCAUACAUGAAAUCCAAAUAAAAACCAUUUAAAUUACAGGUUGUAAUGCAACAAAAUAGGAAAAACGCCAAAGGGGAUGAAUACUUUUGCAAGGCACUGUAAAUGACUAAAAUGUAAUGUAAAUAACACAAAGAAUGUUAGCAACUGUUGAUGUGUUUCUGUUAGUUUCUCACAAUGAGGAGAACACUUCUGUUUGAUGUGUGUAUUGUAAUGACGGUUGUGAGACAUUCGUUCUCUCAGAAAUAAGAGAUACUUCAAUCAAGGCAUUAGAAAUUGAAGUGUUAAGUUUGUCCAGCUCAAUCCACAUUUUGAACUAAUCUUCCUCUCUUAGAUAUGUAAAUAAAAUAGGUGUCAUCACUGUAUGUAGAAAAACAAAAUUUACCGUUAACAUUGAAUCAAGAAGAUUUGUAACACUCACCAAUCUGGUAUGUCUAGUUCCACAGCUUAACAGAGUUUAAAAUUAACGGUGGCAUGAAAGCUUUCCCACGGCCACGAACCACUCAUACAGGUGAUAAACCAUAUGUCACAGUUCCACGGAUCAAAACAACCUGUCACCUAUUUACUCAUUGCCACACCUAAUGUCUUUUCAGUAGGUUAGUUAGGUGUAAGACAUCCUUAUCUGUGCCAAUAUCUUUGCCACUAAGUAUAGUGUAUAUUAUUUCAAAUAGUAACCAUUAGCUUUAUAUGUGCUUGAUCUUUCCUCUUGUAGGUCAGCCCAACCUAAGAAGUGAAGAUAGAUACAGGCAUAUGACCAAUGAGAGAGUUCGCGUACCACCAGUGCAUCCAGUCAAGCGCAAACACAGCUCUGAGCGUGGCUUAACAUUGGAAGAAAGGUUUGUGAAACCUGCCCAUGCCUUAAUCCCCCUCUAUAACAUCAUAAUUAACAACCACUGGUUUUAUAACUCCAUGUCCAGUGUGUGAUUCCAUGUUUCAGCAUGUGAUUUUGUGUUUCAGGCGAGAGAGGGCACAGAGCAAAAGCAACAUGAGAAGUGCUCAGAGGCCAGCUGUGUUUAGUGUUCCCCAGAGCCCCACAUCCUCCUGGAGCCCAACACCCAGCCCCACAUCCUCCUGGAGCCCAACCCCCAGCCCCACAGGUCAUCUGCCCCAUCAUGUGUAUCCCACACCACCUAUGGAUGAACCACUGGACCUAAUUAAGAAACCAAGGAAAGAGCCUGAGAGGACAGAGAAGAAAACCAAAAGCACUACAGCCACCAAUCAGAUACAGGUAAUUUCACGAGGAACAAUUAUAAUAGUGGGUCCAGGUGCUAACAACAUGAAGGAUAGGUUUUCUGGUUUGUCUCAGUCAUGUAUGUGUGUCAGUAAUCUCUCAGUGUAGCCCUAGACAGUCAGAGCCUACAUACACUACAUGACCAAAAGUAUGUGGACACCUGCUCGUCGAACAUCUCAUUCCAAAAUCAUGGGCAUUAAUAUGGAGUUGGCCCCCCCUUUGCUGCUAUAACAGCCUCCACUCUUCUGGGAAGGCGUUCCACUAGAUGUUGGAACAUUGCUGAGGGGACUUGCUUCCAUUCAGCCACAAGAUCAUUAGUGAGGACGGGCAUUGAUGUUGGGCGAUUAGGCCUGGCUCGCAGUCGGCGUUCCAAUUCAAACCUAAAGGUGUUUGAUGGGGUUGAGGUCAGGGCUCUGUGCAGGCCAGUUAAGUUCUUCCACACCGAUCUCGACAAACCAUUUCUGUAUCGACCUCGCUUUGUGCAUGGGGGCGUUGUCAUGCUGAAACAUGAUAGGGCCAUCCCCAAACUUUUGCCACAACGUUGGAAGCACAGAAUCGUCUAGAAUGUAAUUGUAUACUGUAGCGUUAAGAUUUCCCUUCACUGAAACUGUGGCCAAGCCCAAAUCAUGAAAAACAGCCCCAGACCAUUAUUCCUCCUCCACCAAACUUUACCGUUGGCAGGUAAUGUUCUCCUGGCAUCCGCCAAACCCAGAUUCGUCCAUCAGACUGCCAGAUGGUGAAGCGUGAUCCAUCAAUCUAGAGAACGCGUUUCCACUGCUCGAGUCCAAUGGCAUGGAGCUUUUUUAAAUAUUUUUUUAUAUUUCUUUUUUGGUCAUUUAGCAGACGCUCUUAUCCAGAGCGACUUACAGGAGCAAUUAGGGUUAAGUGCCUUGCUCACUACUCCAGCCGACGCUUGGCAUUGCGCAUGACAUGGGGAUCUUAGGCUUGUGUGCGGCUGCUCGGCCAUGGAAACCAAUUUCAUGAAGCUCCCGACGAACAGUUAUUGUGCUGACGUUGCUUCCAGAGGCAGUUUGGAACUCGGUCAUGAGUGUUGCAACCGAGGACAGAUUAUUUUUACACGCUACGCACUUCAGCACUUGACGGUCCCAUUCUGUGAGCUUGUGUGGCCUACCACUUUGCGGCUGAGCCAUUGUUGCUCCUAGACGUUCCCACUUCACAAUAACAGCACUUACAGUGGACCGGGGCAGCUCUAGCAGGGCAGAUGUUUGACGAACUGACUUGUUGGAAAGGUGGCAUCCUAUGACGGUGCCACGUUGAAAGUCACUGAGCUCUUCAGUAAGGCCAUUCUACUGCCAAUGUUUGUCUAUAGAGAUUGCAUGGCUGUGUGCUCGAUUUUAUACACCUGUCAGCAACAGGUGUGGCUGAAAUAGCUGAAUCCACUAAUCUGAAGGGGUGUCCACAUACUUUUGUAUAUAUAGUGUAUCUCUGAGAUCUCUGUGGUGAUUAUAAACACUCAAGCACAGUCUAUUCCCAAGAGCCUUUACAGGCCUCUGCUUGUCCAAGAUAUGCAAUCCAGCCGGAUUCGGGGAGAAAAUGUGAGCAAUGGUGGGAGGAAUGUCCUCAACAUGACUAAACAGACAUCUCUUUCUUUGACCUGUUUGUGCCAACCUGAUGAGGGUGAACAGCUUUCAGGCCCCAUCCUAUAACCAAAUUCAUUUUCUUUCCAAGACUCAAAUAGAACCUUCAAGAAAAAGUUAGUGAUGGCGAAAUGUGCUAUGUUUACGUUGACAUGUUAAUCCUAUUGUUCUGGGGGGAGUGAGGAUUUCGAUGACAUUGUUCUGUACAGAAUCUUAUAAUGUUUAAACACUUUUUGAAAUGUACCAAUUAUUUUGCCUCUUUCAGAUGCGUCCUUCUGUGAUCACCUGUGUCUCCUCCACAAGAAAGCCCACCUGCAGAUCUGAGUUCCACAGCAGCCACUCAUCCACAGGUCAGUAUCAUUCUCCUUUAUCUCAAUAAAAACUGUAGCGCUACAAUGCUGUUGUUAUAUUGCAGACUUGUUAAGAAUUAUGCCUCUGACCUUUGUUUGGUGUUCUCUCCAUUGCAGUGUUAUCUAAGCACAGCUAUGACCAUGUGGUGGAGGAGCAUUUCAAGAGAAGCCUGGGGAUGGAACUACCAAAGGGCCAGCUCCCGCCAGCUCUCCAUCAGCGUCUCUGUGGAUGACCACUUUGCCAAGGCCUUGGGAGAGAAGUGGCUUGAGAUCAAAUCUAAAUCCUCCUCGUGCUCCUCGUCUACAUCCUCACCACCCAGCAGCCCAAGUGUCACUCACUCCCCCAGCCACAGCCCAAGCCGAGCUCCCAAAGAGUAUCCAAGUACCACCACUCCCACCUCCAGCUUCUGGUCAGUCAAAUAA